UUUGAGUAUUCUGUCACAUUUCGGUGCCGGCUUGACCCUUUCCCGACUUGCUUAAAUUACUGACACCGCCGACAACAGUUUCACUUUCCUCUUUCUAGCCGCCAAAUCCCUAGCCAUGAAAAUUGCACCCCUCUGACGAAAGCCGCGAGACUCUUCGAGAAAGGACCAAAACACGCAAACCCAACCAAAUUCUCAGUUCGAGCCACUACCGACACCCGCCAGAAUGGGGGCCAGCCUGAGCGGAGUGGCGCGGGAGGAGGCGAGGGCGAAGGGCGGGGCCAGCGGGGUGGGACAGGAGCAGCCCCACGUCCAGCCGCAGCAGUCCCCGCCCCAGCAGGAAGCGCCGAAUCCCCAUCCGACGGAUCAGAGUCCGCCGCCCUCGGAAACGGCCCGCCCGGAACCCCAGCGAGUGUCCAACCCGAAGGCCAGGAGGCGCCCCAAGUCCCGGUCAGUGCUAGGUGCCAUCGAGGACAUCCAGCGCAUGCCGGAGGAGGCCAUCUACGAGGAGUUUAACCGGCUGCUGAUGAACUCCGAGGAGCACCUGACUCCGCUGGGAGAUCCCCCCUGCAAGGACGUGGCCGCCCGGCUCAAGACAUGCCUCCAGCGGAGCCACGAACGCUCCUGCAACUGCUUCAAGGUCAUGGAGCAGUACCAGCAGUGCGUGAUUCGGGCCACGCAGGACCACUUGGACGAUCAGGCUCAGAUGGGCUCGUCCACCAUGGUGGUGGUGUCGCCCCAGGCCAUUCCCCGGCCCUCCGUCCCUCCUCCCGGGCGCUCCCAGCGGCGCUGGUACAAGUUCUGGACCUGGUUCCGUUAGUGCCCAUCGUUUCGUGUGCCUGUCUGGAUCUGGAUCUGGAUCUGGAGCUGGAGCUGGCCAGCGGCUGCCCGACCAUCUGACUAUCUGACUGUGUGGAAAACCAAAUAAAGAAAUGGCUCUAUUAAUUAAA